CCAAAGUCAAGCUGGCCCGGCACAUCCUCACUGGCCGGGAGGUCGCCAUCAAGAUCAUCGACAAAACGCAGUUGAACCCCAGCAGCCUGCAGAAGCUGUUCCGAGAAGUCCGCAUCAUGAAGGGACUAAACCACCCCAACAUCGUGAAGCUCUUUGAGGUGAUCGAGACCGAGAAGACGCUCUACUUGGUGAUGGAGUAUGCAAGUGCUGGAGAAGUGUUUGACUACCUCGUGUCGCACGGCCGCAUGAAGGAGAAGGAAGCUCGAGCCAAGUUCCGCCAGAUUGUAUCGGCUGUGCACUACUGUCACCAGAAGAACAUUGUCCACAGGGACCUGAAGGCCGAGAACCUCCUGCUGGACGCCGAGGCCAACAUCAAGAUCGCUGACUUCGGCUUCAGCAACGAGUUCACGCUGGGCUCCAAGCUGGACACGUUCUGCGGGAGCCCGCCGUACGCCGCCCCGGAGCUGUUCCAGGGCAAGAAGUACGACGGUCCCGAGGUGGACAUUUGGAGCCUCGGUGUCAUCCUCUACACCCUUGUCAGCGGCUCCCUGCCCUUCGACGGGCACAACCUCAAGGAGCUGCGGGAGCGAGUCCUCAGAGGGAAGUACCGGGUCCCUUUCUACAUGUCGACAGACUGUGAGAGCAUCCUGCGGAGAUUUUUGGUGCUGAACCCAGCUAAACGCUGUACUCUCGAGCAAAUCAUGAAAGACAAAUGGAUCAACAUCGGCUAUGAGGGUGAGGAGCUGAAGCCUUACACGGAGCCUGAGGAGGACUUCGGGGACACCAAGCGAAUCGAGGUGAUGGUGGGUAUGGGCUACACACGGGAAGAAAUCAGAGAGGCCUUGACAAGCCAGAAGUACAACGAAGUGACCGCCACCUACCUCCUGCUGGGCAGGAAGACUGAGGAGGGUGGGGACCGGGGCACCCCGGGGCUGGCCCUGGCACGGGUGCGGGCGCCCAGCGACACCACCAACGGAACAGCCUCCAGCAAAGGCACCAGCCACAGCAAAGGGCAGCGGAGUUCCUCCUCCACCUACCACCGCCAGCGCAGGCACAGCGACUUCUGUGGCCCAUCCCCCGCCCCCCUGCACCCCAAGCGCAGCCCGACCAGCACGGGGGAGACGGAGCUGAAGGAGGAGCGCCUCCCAGGCCGGAAGGCGAGCUGCAGCGCAGCGGGCAGCGGGAGCCGAGGGCUGCCCCCCUCCAGCCCCAUGGUCAGCAGCGCCCACAACCCCAACAAGGCAGAGAUCCCAGAGCGGCGGAAGGACAGCACGAGCACCCCUAACAACCUCCCACCCAGCAUGAUGACCCGCAGGAACACCUACGUCUGCACAGAACGGCCGGGGGCUGAGCGUCCAUCGCUGUUGCCAAAUGGCAAAGAGAACAGCUCGGGUACCCCACGGGUGCCCCCCGCCUCCCCCUCCAGUCACAGCCUGGCUCCCCCAUCGGGGGAGCGGAGCCGCCUGGCCCGCGGCUCCACCAUCCGCAGUACCUUCCACGGUGGCCAGGUCCGGGACAGGCGGGCAGGGGGCGGGGGAGGUGGGGGCGUGCAGAAUGGGCCCCCCGCCUCUCCCACGCUGGCCCACGAGGCCACGCCCCUGCCCACCGGGCGGCCCCGCCCCACCACCAACCUCUUCACCAAGCUAACCUCCAAACUGACCCGAAGGGUCACAGACGAACCUGAGAGAAUCGGGGGACCUGAGGUCACAAGUUGCCAUCUACCUUGGGAUCAAGCGGAAACCGCCCCCCGGCUGCUCCGAUUCCCCUGGAGUGUGAAGCUGACCAGCUCGCGCCCGCCCGAGGCCCUGAUGGCGGCUCUGCGCCAGGCCACCGCGGCCGCCCGCUGCCGCUGCCGCCAGCCCCAGCCGUUCCUGCUGGCCUGCCUGCACGGGGGUGCGGGCGGGCCCGAGCCCCUGUCCCACUUCGAAGUGGAGGUCUGCCAGCUGCCCCGGCCGGGCCUGCGGGGGGUCCUCUUCCGCCGCGUGGCGGGCACCGCCCUGGCCUUCCGCACCCUCGUCACCCGCAUCUCCAACGACCUCGAGCUCUGAGCCGCCGCGGCCCGGGUCCCCUCCCCUUCCUCUGCCUCGUCCCCUUCACUUCCGCAGGAGGGAGAGGGGUCGGGGAGGGCGCUCUCGUUUUGUCAUCACCUGAGUUUCCCUGGAUUCGAUUUGGGGGCCGAGAUUGUCCCCUCGGCUGUUCUCCGGGGCCGCUGGGCAGGAGAGAAGAGCGAGGGGACUUAGCAGGGGGAGCUGGCACCUUCCUGGAGCCUCCAGCCGGUCCUGUCCCCCCUCGCCCCGCCAUGGGGCACCUGAGGAGACUUUGGGGGCAGGGCCGGGGCAGAAAGGGAAACUGAGGAAACUCUUCCAUUCCUCCCGACAGCUCAAGAAUUAGGCCUUGGGCAGGGGCAGGAAGAGUUGCUGAGCCUAAAGACUGGAGAAUUGGGGGGGCUGGGCGUGGGGGUCCGAGAGGCAGAUUCCUUCCCGUCCCCCUCCCCUCGUGCUCGAACCCCCCUUCCUGCCGCAGGCUGGCGCGGGGCACUUUGUACAAAUCCUUGUAAAUACCCCCACCCCUCCCCUCUGCAGAGAUCUCUCGAGGAGCUGCCGCUGUCACCUCCGGUUUUUAAGUUAUUACACCCCCACCCUCCUCCUGUCGGCCCCCUCACCUGCAGCCUGUUGCCCAAUAAACUUAGGAGAGUCCCCCUCCCUCACGCUGACCCCGGGGUUUUCCUUCCCUGCCCUCCCCUACAAGCGAGAUGAAGAGGAGGUGUGUGACCUUGGGCCAGUGGGUUCUCCCUUCGGAGCCUCGGCGUUCUCAUCUGCAGAAUGGGAGCAGAGGGGUGUGAGGGUCAAGGAUGACCGUGGGAGAGGGCAGGACAGAACUUGGCCUCAUCCACGAGGCCCCAGUUCCCAUAUCGGACCCCAUUCAUCCACUCACACGCCCACCCACGGUAUACCGGACUCUGAACCACUUCUUACUCCAGUAGCACAUUUAUUCAAUAAACAGUCAUUGACCGGUGCCUACUCCA